AUGGGAAUGAUGAGAUUGAGGAGCAUAAUGGUGUUGUUAUUGCAGGUGAUGAUAUUAUUAGGACAAGAGAUUGGUAAAGUGUCGUCGACACUAUACAAAGUUGGGGACUUGGACUCAUGGGGCAUCCCAAUUGAUGCUAAAGUCUACUCCAAAUGGCCCAAAACUCACUCUUUCAAGAUCGGCGACUCUCUCUUGUUCUUGUACCCACCAAGCGAAGAUUCACUGAUUCAAGUGACGCCAUCCAGUUUCAAGAACUGCAACACCAAAGAUCCAAUCUUGUACAUGAACGACGGAAACUCUCUCUUCAACCUCACCCAAAACGGAACCUUUUACUUCACAAGUGGACAACCAGGCCACUGUCAAAAGUACCAGAAGCUCCUCGUCUCCGUCGGGACUUACUCCGCCGAAGCAGACGCCUUGUCUCCGUCGUCCUCCGCUGACGCCGACGCUCCCUCUUACCAAAACGCAUUUGGGUCGAUUCCUCUCAAUCAGAAAUCGUCGUCCUCGUCGUUGCUCAUUUCUGCUUUCUCCAGCGUCGUUGCUUCGCUGGCCUGCGCUGUCGUCGUCGGUGCUACCAUGUGA